AGCAGCGAAGAUGAUGGUCAUUUGGAUAUUGACAUCAACGAAGACGAAGACGAAGAAGAAAAAAUAAUUGAAAUGCGUCGAAAGCAACGUGAAGAACUAUUAAAAAAACUAGGAGGAAAAACAGAAUCAUCUCCACCAAGCAAAUCCUCGCAACCUAGAAGAGAACGAAUCCCUUCUCCAGAAGAACCGAGAAUCCAAGACAUCGCGCCUUUGCCGAAUAAUACCCAACCGAAGUCAUCAAUACAGGUCAGCCGAGAGGAGGAAAAUGACCUCGACGACGAUAAGAAAACUAAAGGUGGUGCCAGGGAAAAGCGACCGGAAUGGGAUAUGUUUGCCGAUCAAGACGUAGACUCGAAUUUCGAUUCUCCUAAUGCAAUAGUGCUGAAUAAAACACAAAAUGAAAAUCCUGCACUGACAGACAACUGGGAUGAUGCGGAAGGAUAUUAUCGUGUACGUAUUGGGGAAAGUCUUGACAACCGUUAUGUUGUGAGUGGAUAUACAGGCCAGGGAGUAUUUAGUAAUGUAGUGAGAGCUCGUGAUCAAGCACGUGGGAAUGCAAAUGUUGCUGUAAAAAUUAUACGCAACAACGAGAUAAUGCAUAAAACGGGACUGCGUGAAUUGGAGAUCUUAAAAAAAUUGAAUGACGCAGAUCCAGAGGAUAGAUUCCAUUGCUUACGACUUUUCAGACAUUUUUUUCAUAAGCAGCAUCUUUGCAUGGUGUUCGAGCCGCUAUCUAUGAACCUUCGGGAAGUGCUUAAAAAGUAUGGUAAAAAUGUUGGCUUACACAUCAAAGCAGUGCGCAGCUAUACGCAACCUUUUCUGGCACUUAAGUUGCUUAAAAAGACCGGCAUACUUCAUGCAGACAUUAAACCCGACAACAUUCUUGUGAAUGAUAAUAAUUUAUGUUUAAAGUUAUGUGAUUUCGGUUCUGCUUCAGCUAUUAACGACAACGAAAUAACACCAUAUUUAAUAUCACGUUUCUAUCGUGCGCCCGAAAUCAUAUUAGGCAUUACUUACGAUUACGGAAUUGAUAUGUGGUCUGCUGGUUGUACAAUCUAUGAGCUAUACACUGGAAAAAUUCUGUUUAGUGGAAAGAGCAAUAACCAAAUGCUGAAAUUCUUCAUGGACUUAAAAGGAAAAAUUCCAAAUCGUAUUAUUCGGAAAGGUCAAUUCAAAGAUCAACACUUUGAUCAGAGCUGCAACUUUCUUUAUCAUGAGAUUGACAAAAUUACGGAAAGGGAAAAAAUCGUGGUUAUGCCUGUAAUUAAACACCGAAAUCUACAACAGGAACUUAUUGCUGAUCAGAAUUUACCAGAUGAUCAACACCGAAAAGUAACACAACUUAAGGAUUUAUUGGAUAAUAUAUUUGCGCUGGAUCCAUCGAAAAGAAUUUCUUUGAAUCAAGCAUUAACACAUCCUUUUAUUCAAGAGAAGAUGUAAGCGACCACUUCAUGAAAGUGUGUCCUGUUUUAAAUUGAGUUGAGAAAAUUCGACGCGCCGGCACCAGGCAUAUACACAAUGUAAUUCUUUGCUAAAAUGCUGCUAGUAUUGUAUUAUAUGUUACAAUCAUGCAGUGUAUAUGGAGUUUAUAAAUUAAGUAUUAUGCAAUUAUUAAUACCAGAUAAAAAUUUGUUUACACUGAUGCAUCUUUUACGUAUAUUUUACGCAUCAUGAAAGAGAGUGACAGAACAGCAGCAGAGACAAUUGAACUGAGCACAUUUUUAUUUGAAGUUUAAGUGUAAUUAAAAUUUACUUUUCCUAAAAUCCGCGGCUAGUUUGAGAAAAAAUAUAUUUUGUUGGCCAAAGUACAAAACCAAUAGAUUUUAUCAGCUAAUCUGUCAAGCAUUCAGUAAUAGAUUGAAGACAAAAUAUUAAACGAUGUGUACGGAAAAACUUCUAAUUUUGUUAGCUUGUGUAGCAUUUAAAAUUGGAAUGUGUUAUAAUUGAGUUGACUAAAUUAUUGUGUUUCAAAAUCAUGAAAACAUCAAAAUCCAUAGUUGUAUCAUAUUAAAAGAACUUAGUUAAUAUGUAAAA